GUCGCUGUUGCUAACCUAAAAAAAAAAACAACAAGUAUUUGCCUAAUCGAUAUCGAUUGUGAUUAUAUUGGAAUAGUGAAUUAAUUUGUUUUGUUCUCUGACUAUCUAUCAAAUAAAUUGUUUCUAAUAACUAGCAAUCGUUUUGCAAGCUAUUAUGCUGCCAAGUAUCGUAUUUUAGAUUUAUAAUGCAUGUCGAUAAUAUGUCGAUAAUUAUAGUGGAAGAAGUGGUUGAUAAACCAAAGAAACUUAAUGGUUUGGAGAGACUUAUCAUCUUCAUAGGCUCUUUAUUUAUUAUAUUUUUGUCAAUAAAAUUAUUUUUGAACAACUACGACAAGUCAUUCAAGUGCGAAUGGAAACUCAAAAAUGGAGCCAUCAAAGCUAUGAUGUCCAACAAAAAUGUACAACCGCCGGCACCAACUGUUGCACAAUGUAGCGUUAUUAAUGACACAAACAGAUUUGAUUGCUUUCCACGGGGUAAUGCUUCCGAAAAAUCAUGCUCGCUGAGGGGUUGCUGCUGGAUGGUUCCAAAAAAUGUCUCUUUUUCGAAAAACAUACCCUAUUGUUUUUAUCCUGAAAACUAUAGUUUGUAUGAGUUCUUGAACGAGUCGAGCACCGAUUUCGGUGUAACAGGGUAUUUGAACAACUCUUUCUCAUCUCCAUAUCCUUCCGACAUCAGUUUGCUAAAAUUGGAUGUGAAAUUUGAAACUGAAAAUCGUCUUAACAUAAAGUUCUAUGAUCCCAAGAAGAAGCGUUAUGAACCACCGAUACCAGAAGUGGCUGUUCUGGACACUGCCGCUAAGAACACAAAAUACACUGUCAACAUCAAUAAAAAGCUACCAGGAUUCAAUGUGAUGAGGAAGUGCACCGACAAGGUUCUGUUUCAGACCACAUCAGCCGGCUUCACAUUUGCAGAUCAGUUUCUGCAACUGACCGCUUUCUUGCCGACCGACAACAUCUAUGGUCUCGGGGUGCACAGAAACAACUUUGUUCUGAACAACGAUUGGAACAACAUUCCAUUGUUCAAUAGCGACUUGCCACCUGCUGAUAAUACGAAUCUGUACUCUUCUCAUCCAUUCUUCAUGGCCAUAGAAGAUGAUGGUUCUUCGUUCGGUGUACUCCUAUUGAAUAGUAAUGCUAUGGAUAUAAUCGUGCAACCUGCCCCGGCUAUUACGUACCGUGCCAUUGGCGGAAUUUUCAAUUUCUACUUCUUCCUCGGUCCCACUCCAUUGCAAGUGAUAGAGCAGUACACCGAACUGGUGGGAAGGCCUAUCAUGCCGCCCUACUGGAGUCUCGGAUUCCACCUCUGUCGAUUUGGCUACCAAAAUUUGGACGACGCAAAGAAUAUACUGAAGAAGAAUCUAGAUGCUGGUAUUACUGUGCAUGUGGCAAGAAGGUUUUAUAAAAGGGAUAUCAAUUUCUGGGUUGGUUACAAUGAAUUAAUUUUUCUUCUCAAUUUCGUCAUGACAUUUUUUUCUCAAUUUCUUCAGGAAGGCAGACAUUUUGUGAUGAUCAUGGACCCCGGAGUGAGCGCCAGUGAGCCGAAAGGCACCUAUCCACCCUAUGAUGACGCCAUAAAAAUGGAUGUCCUAGUCAAAGAUCAUACGGGGAAGCAUCCUAUUAUUGGAAAGGUUUGGAAUCCAAAUUCGACUGUAUUCCCCGAUUUCACGCAUCCGAACGCUGCAAAGUAUUGGCUCAAACAAUUGCAGGCCCUGUAUGACAACCAGUUUCAAUUCGAUGGACUUUGGAUUGACAUGAACGAGCCCUCCAACUUCGUAGACGGAUCCCAGUCGGGUUGUCCCGCGUCGAGCCUGGUGGAAGAUCCGCCCUACGUGCCGCGCAUCCACGGGGGCAUUCUCCGCAGUCGCACCCUCUGCAUGACCGCCAAGCACGCCUGGGGCCGCCACUAUGAUCUACACAACCUCCACGGCAUGACCGAGGCCAUUGCUACCAGCUUUGCCUUGGCAGAAGUGAGAGAGAAACGUCCGUUUGUGAUCAGUCGCUCUUCGUUCAUCGGCCAAGGUCAUUACUCGGGUGUGUGGACCGGCGACGUAUUCUCAACGUGGGAUGAUCUCUACCACUCCAUUCCUGACAUGCUGACGUACAACAUUUUGGGCAUCCCGAUGGUGGGCGCUGACAUCUGUGGCUUCAACGGCAACACCACAGUGGCCCUGUGUCAGCGGUGGGGGCAGCUGGGUGCUUUCUAUCCCUUCUCACGCAAUCAUAACGAGGAUCAAGCCAUUGGCCAAGAUCCAGCCUCUCUAGGUCCUGACGUUGUGAACAGUUUCAAGAAAGCCUUCACUGUUCGGUACACCCUUCUGCCCUAUCUCUACACACUGUUCUGGCAAGCUCACGACAAGGGACAUCCCGUGGCUAGGCCUCUGUUCUUCGAGUUCCCCAAUGAUAAAGCCACGUUCCGUAUAAAUAAACAGUUCAUGUGGGGAUCAGCAAUUCAUAUUAUUCCUGUUUUGGAAGAGGGUAUGACGUAUGUGAAAGGCUACUUCCCACAGUGCAGAUGGUUCAACUAUUACAAUGGUGUGGAGCUAGUGAACCAUGGACCCGAAGUCAGCAUCUCGGCCCCCAUGGAUACCAUUCCUGUCUUCAUCAAGGGCGGCAACAUCAUUCCCACCCAGGAACCCAACGACACUAUUGCUCUCAGUCGCAAGAACGAUUUCGGCCUACUUGUGGUACCAAAUGAGAAAGGAGAAAGUUUCGGAACUCUGUUCUGGGAUGACGGCGAGUCCAUUGGCACCUAUGAGAAGGGCGAGUACGUGCUGAUCAAUUUCACGCUUAAAGGCAGCACAAUUGAGAGCAAAGUUUUGUCCAAAUGCAAGCUGUCCAACAUGAAGCUGGGUUCUGCUUCUGUGCUUGGAGUUGGGGCCACAGUGAACAAUGUCACCGUCAACAAGAAGAGUUUUGAUAAUUUCAUGUAUUACCCCAAAGAGAAGCACAUGGAACUGAGACAUCUGAAUUUGGACUUGCAGGAACCUUUUGAAAUAUCUUGGACCUAAAAAGUAUGUAAAACUCUGAUAUGGAAAUACGGUACCCUUGACUAGAAGCAAGAAGACAUUUAUUUAAUUUAAAGAUUGAGCUUUGAUGCUCCUCAGACCAGUUUGAUUUCAUCUCAGUAGAAAAAUGGUUCCUUAAUUUUAGUUUUUAAUGAUAAUCGAUUGGUUUUGUACUGUUUAUUACCUUAGAAUGUUAAGUAUCUAUAAGUUGUGAUAAACUUUGUUUUUGUUACAAAGAUAUCGAUUGGUUUCGUACUGUUUAUUACCUUAGAAUGUUAAGUAUCUAUAAGUUGUGAUAAACUUUGUUUUUGUUAAAGAAGUUGAUUAUUUCAGUUAUAAGGCAAGACAUGGUAGACUUCGUGUUGAUCAAAUUUGUGAGUAAAUAAAUAUGGAAAAUUUGUAUUUAAAUAUUAGUUAAGUUUGAAGUGACUUACCAUUAGUUGAAUAUUAAGCCUACAACCUACCCACCUAUGCAAUCAAUUUCUUUAACAAUAGUGGAAUAGAAUAAUUAACCCUAAUUUUGCAUUUAAAUUGAAUAAUUGUCAUAGUUCUAUUGUACUUAAUACAAAUCUCGUUUGUAAAUAUUCUUACAUUGAUUAUUAAUCCCUCAGUUUCUCACAGACUAGUUUGUUUACAUUUUUUUAGUUCUUGGAAUUUAAAUUCUAGAAAAUUUAAAAACCAUUCUAUCAAUUUAUUGUUGUAAGACUGUUGCUGUGCCAAAAUUGAAAAUUUUUCAUUCUAACAACAAUCAAAAACAGGGUAAAAUGUGUAUGAAUUCUAUAUUAUGAAGAUAUUUGUUUCAGUUUUGCCUCAUUUAAGAUUCUUCAAAGCUUCUAUGGAUGUUGGAAAAUAAUAAAUAUUGAUGUUAUAGCAAUGCAAA